AUGCCAACCGGCAUCUCGUUCAGUCCCGAUAAAAUGCCAGAUCUCUCGGGGAAGGUCAUCCUAGUAACUGGCGGAACAGCAGGCCUCGGAGCUGCGACGGUGCUCCAUCUAGCGAAACACUCGCACCCGCCCGCACACAUCUACAUCAGCGGACGGAACGCACAGCGCGCCGACGAGCUCGUCAAACAACUAUCUGCUUCAAACUCGACAGCCCCCGUCUCCUUCCUCCCCUGCGACCUGGCAUCCCUAUCCUCCGUAAACGAAGCAGCAGAAACAAUCCUCAGCCAGGAAUCCCGACUCGACAUCCUAAUGUGCAACGCAGGCAUCAUGGCGCAGCCGCCCUCGCUCACAAAAGACGGCUACGAGGUCCAAUUCGGGACUAACCACCUCGGCCACGCACUGCUAAUCCGCAAGUGUCUACCCCUGCUACAGCGGACAGCAGAGCAGCAGGAACAGACAGACGCGCGCAUCAUCAUCAUCACCUCGCUAGGCUUCCGAGGCCACCCCAGCGGCGGAAUCGUCUUCUCGGCCCUAAAAACCGUCCAGCAGUUCCACGCCUUCGGCUUUGGCCCCUGGAUCCGCUACGGGCAGAGCAAGCUCGCUAAUAUCCUGUAUGCGCGCGAGCUAGCCCGUCGAUACCCCGCCAUUACCUGUGUCUCUAUCCACCCCGGAGUGGUGAGCACGGGGCUAGUCGAUAAUCAGACCCGGGGGAACCGCGCGUUUGUCUAUGUGACUACUAUUGGGAAGAUGGUGAAGCCGGCGGAGGGUGCGUAUAACCAGCUUUGGGCGGCGACGGCGUCUAAAGAGGAGUUGGUAAAUGGGGGGUUUUAUGAGCCGGUGGGGGUUCCGGGGAAGCUUUAUAGGGCUGCGGGUGAUGAUGCUUUGGCGGGGAGGUUGUGGGAGUGGACGGAGGAGGCGUUGGGGGAGUAUAUCUCUAGGGCGCCUGAGGUUGGUUAA